GGGGGGGGAACAGGAGCGGGUUUCGUGCCGGGCCGUCUUUACCUGGGAAAAACGGGGCAGAAGCGGUGAGAGCUGAGUGAUGGAGCCGGCCUCCCCGCUCCUCUCUGCCGGCUUCAUCAUGGUCUGUUUCCUCGGCGCUGUGCGGCUCUCCACCGGCGACGAAAGUCAUUGUCCGUGCCCGAAGAUCCCUCCCUGGCCUCUAACCGAAGAUCCACCUGAGAAGUGCCACCAAAUCAGUGACACCUUUCGCUACACUUGCCUGGUCGGAUAUGUCAGAAAGGCAGGAACCUCCAAUCUUAUCAAAUGCGAGCUGAAGAAUAAAGUUGGACAGUGGCAAAACUCCACUCUUCAGUGUAUAGAUGACCCAAAAAGGCCAAAAUUACCAACAACACCCCAAAGUACAACACCAAAUGACCCAAAAAGGCCAAAAUUACCAACAACACCCCAAAGUACAACACCAAAGAAUCUCAGUGAUAAUCCUCAAGACACAACCAUGACCUCAACAGCAAAAUCGUCCACCAGCGUUUAUAUGAAGCAGAGUACAGUUUCACAAGAAGGAAAAACAGGAGACAAAGUGGACGACAAGGCCCACGACGAAAGUCAUUGUCCGUGCCCGAAGAUCCCUCCCUGGCCUCUAACCGAAGAUCCACCUGAGAAGUGCCACCAAAUCAGUGACACCUUUCGCUACACUUGCCUGGUCGGAUAUGUCAGAAAGGCAGGAACCUCCAAUCUUAUCAAAUGCGAGCUGAAGAAUAAAGUUGGACAGUGGCAAAACUCCACUCUUCAGUGUAUAGAUGACCCAAAAAGGCCAAAAUUACCAACAACACCCCAAAGUACAACACCAAAGAAUCUCAGUGAUAAUCCUCAAGACACAACCAUGACCUCAACAGCAAAAUCGUCCACCAGCGUUUAUAUGAAGCAGAGUACAGUUUCACAAGAAGGAAAAACAGGAGACAAAGUGGACGACAAGGCCCACGACGCCGUGACGCCCACUCCGGGGAAGAUCCGGAAAGCCGAGACGACCACCACUCGAAACGGCACCUCAAAUCCCUACGCUGACCCGACUGCGGCACACAGCGCAGGAACACAAGCGGCAGCGAUCGUCUCCCCUAUUUUACUGGUGCUGAUCUGCGCUGCGAUCGGGAUCGGCUUCAUACUGCAUUGGAGGAAAUCAAGACACAACCUCCCACAGCAGCCAGGGGAGGAGCUGGUGCCCAUGAACCCAGCAUGCGGACUCCCCUCGUAGCCCUCCGCACCGUCUGAGGACUAAUUUUAAAAAAACUGAAGACUGGACGCCACUGGCUUUCGCUUUCCCGCAGCUCAUUUAAUUGACAGAACGGACAUUCGUGGUGUUUCAAUCAGUAUCCUUGUUUCGUCUCACAGUCCAACAUCGUGUGCUGCUCAAACCGCCAAAGAUGUGGAUGUGGUGGAUGAUCAGAUUCCUGAAUACUGAGUUUCUUCAGUCAAAUGCAACAAUAACAGCUAUGUUAGUCAACAUAGCUUACUUGCUUUGUGUGUUUUAAUAUAAAGGCCUCUCAGUUGAGUAAGCGUAAUGCUGCUUCAUCCCUGGUGUGAUAAAGUGAGCAGUGUCAGCAGCACUUUUCAGGAUUUUCUCUCAGAUGAUUUUUCCACACGUCUUUCAGAGUUGACAGCAGUUUUAUAGGGCUGGCGGCUGUCACUGUCACUACUGCUUGGUAAACUCAGGUUAAUUUCCACGUCUCAGGCAAAUAUUUUCCCGAAGCUAAUCAGUGCAGGAAAAAAAAAUAACAGUGAAGAGAAUACACUCCAUGUGAGGCUGUAGUAGAUUCAGUAAAGACAUGAAGACAUAAAAUGUUUGAAUCCUUUUGUUUUGCUUUUCUACAAACAGCAUUUUUUUUUUUUUUUUACCAGAUCUUUAGAUAUUUGUCAUUCUGUGGGACAAUUUACAGAGAUAAGUCCAAGCAGCUCUUUGGGAGUUUGUAUUUAAAUAUUUCUCUUAAUUCUUCUCUUAAGCUUCAUCCCCGCCAAUCACAGUUGUUUUCUGAAAUUUUCCAAAAAAAAAAAAAAAAAAAAGAGAAUGACCCAGAUCAAAUUGUC